UGAGUGGGUGGAGCUCCGGUGUCCCGGGUCUGGAUUCUUUACUGGGAGAGAGAGCGAGACGCGGAUGGUCGCGAAUGUGCAGCCAUAUUCGGCUUAACGGACAAGCUCACCGGCUAACGCUGGGAGAAUUAUAGACUUAACAAAAACAACAAACAAACCCGACUCCCAAAGCGCGUGGAGUUCUAAUUCUUUUAAUUAAAGAAUCGAAUUUCGGGAUAUUCACAGGGAGAGAAUAUGGACGUCCGGCCAAGCUGAUAUUCGACGGGAUAGAAAACGCCUCCCAUCCCUGUUUCUAUCAGAGUGAGAAGUGUGGGGAUUAACGUUAGACAGGAAAAGCUGAAGCAGGAAUGGAAGCGGUGGGGCCUGGAGCCUGAACACGGACGGCUCGGGAAUUAGCGCGCUGCUAGGUAGCGGUCCGACCGAUUCGAGCGACUCGAGCAUAAUGUUAGGCUUGUUUUGCUAGCUAGCUAACUCAAUGGCUAGCUAGCAAGUUGGAGUCUGGGACUUCAGAGCUCCACCUCGGCCCAGCAGAGAUUUAUUUUUCUCUCUCCCUAUAGUCGCCGGUAAUUCCUUUUGCGGGAAGGAAGGCGUUUUGUUUUUAUUAGGAUUAUCACCACCAUUAUUAUUAUUAUCAUCAUCAUUAUUAUUAUUAUCAUCUUUGUCCUGCGGUAAGGAAGAGUGGUCAGGCCGCUGAUACAAAAAUGUCGGCGAAGGUGCGCCUCAAGAAGUUGGAGCAGUUGCUGCUGGAUGGUCAUGAGAAGAGCCCGAUCUCCCUGAGUGUGGAGACCCUGCUGGAUAUUCUCAUCUGUUUAUACAACGAAUGCAGCAGUUCGCCCUUGAAACGGGAGAAACACGUGACCGAGUUUUUAGAAUGGGUGAAGCCGUUCACCACUACUGUAAAAGACAUGCGGCUCCACCGGGACGACUUUGAGAUGCUCAAGGUGAUAGGCAGGGGUGCCUUCGGAGAGGUUGCUGUGGUAAAGAUGAAAAACACAGAGCGCAUUUACGCCAUGAAAAUUCUGAACAAGUGGGAGAUGCUGAAGAGGGCUGAGACUGCCUGUUUCAGAGAGGAGCGGGAUGUUCUGGUGAACGGAGACUGCCAGUGGAUCACGACCCUGCAUUAUGCCUUUCAGGAUGAUAAUUACCUGUACCUGGUGAUGGACUACUAUGUGGGCGGAGAUCUGCUAACACUACUCAGCAAGUUCGAGGACAGGUUACCUGAGGACAUGUCCAAGUUCUAUGUGGCAGAGAUGGUUCUUGCCAUUCACUCGAUCCACCAACAGAAUUAUGUGCACAGGGAUAUUAAGCCUGAUAAUGUUCUGCUUGAUAUGAAUGGCCACAUCCGCCUGGCUGAUUUUGGUUCCUGUCUACGGAUGAUGCCAGACGGCACGGUGCAGUCGUCAGUAGCAGUGGGAACCCCAGACUACAUCUCCCCAGAGAUUCUGCAGGCCAUGGAGGAUGGCAUGGGGAAGUAUGGGCCCGAGUGUGACUGGUGGUCUCUGGGUGUGUGCAUGUACGAGAUGCUGUAUGGGGAGACGCCUUUCUACGCAGAGUCUCUGGUUGAGACUUAUGGCAAGAUCAUGAACCAUGAGGAACGCUUCCAGUUCCCCUCUCACAUAACGGAUGUGUCAGAGGAUGCCAAGGACCUGAUGCAGCGGCUGAUCUGCAGCAGGGAUCGCAGGCUAGGGCAGAACGGCAUCGAGGAAUUUAAGAAACACCCCUUCUUCUCUGGCAUUGACUGGGAGAACAUUCGCAGUACUGAAGCUCCUUACAUUCCUGACGUCAGUUCUCCAUCUGACACCUCCAACUUUGAUGUGGAUGAUGAUGUACUGAAAAAUCCGGACAUUGCUCCUCCCAUCUCCCACACUGGUUUCACUGGUCAGCACCUGCCCUUUGUGGGUUUCACCUACACUACAGAGAGCUGCUUCUCAGAUCGGGGUCGGCUCAGGCUGGCAGCUCUGGCUGAUGGAGGUUCGGGAGAGGAGCUGCAGCCCCAUAAAGAUGGGGGCUUACAGCUGGAGGUCUUUGAGAGGAGGAUCCGAUCACUAGAGCAGGAAAAACAGGAGCUCAGCCGCAAGCUACAGGAAUCUACACAGGCUGUGCAGUCUCUUCACGGUUCAGGACGCGGCACAAGCACACUGGGCCGCGAUAAAGAGAUCAAAAAGCUUAACGAGGAGAUCGAUCGCCUCAAGAAGAAACUAGCUGACUCUGAUAGGCUGGAGCACCAGCUGGAGGAAGCAGUGACUUUGCGGCAAGACUACGAGAGCUCCUCCACCAAGCUCAGGGCUCUGGACAAGCAAGUCAAAAGUCUUCGCCAGGAGAAAGAAGACAUCAAUAAGCAACUGGUGGAGUCUCUGGAGCGCCUGAAGUCUCAGACGAAGGAGCUGAAAGACGCUCACCAACAGAGGAAGCUGGCCAUGCAGGAGUUCUCCGAGCUAAACGAGCGCAUGGCUGAGCUGCGCUCACACAAGCAGCGGCUCUCGCGACAGCUUCGCGACAAGGAGGAGGAGAUGGAGGUGCUCAUGCAGAAGCUCGACGGCAUGCGACAGGACAUCCGCAAGACCGAGAAGGCCCGCAAAGAGCUGGAAGCUCAGCUGGAAGAUGCUCGUGCAGAAGCUUCUAAGGAGCGAAAGCUGCGAGAACACAGUGAAGUUUACUCCAAACAGCUGGAAAGUGAGCUGGAGACACUAAAGGUGAAGCAGGGCACCGGUCGAGCAUCAAAUGUAAGCUCUGAGACCCAGCAGGAGCUGACAAAGGUGAAGUCUGAGCUGGAUAAGAAGGUACUGUUCUAUGAGGAAGAGCUUGUAAAGCGUGAUGCCUGCCAUGGCACCGAGCUAAAGAACCUACGCAAAGAGCUGCACGAUUCAGAGAGCCAGCAGGUCUCCCUGCAGAAGGAGCUGCUUGUGCUUAAGGACAAGUUGGAGAAAGCCAACAAGGAACGGCAAAUGGAGAUGGACGAGGCUCUGGGUUCUCUAAAAGAGAAAUUUGAGCGUGAACGGAGCCUGCUGACCGAGGAGAACCGCAAGCUGACUUCAGAAACAGACAGGCUAUGCACAUUUGUGGACAAACUAACAACCCAGAACAGACAGCUGGAGGACGAGUUGCAGGACUUGGCCUCAAAGAAGGAGAGUGUUGCACACUGGGAGGCACAGAUCGCUGAGAUCAUUCAGUGGGUGAGUGAUGAGAAGGAUGCACGUGGCUACCUGCAAGCGCUAGCCUCGAAGAUGACUGAGGAGCUAGAGUCACUGCGCAGCUCCAGCCUGGGAUCCAGACAUCUGGAUCCCCUGUGGAAGGUGCGUCGCAGUCAGAAGCUGGACAUGUCUGCUCGUUUAGAGCUGCAGUCAGCUCUGGAUGCUGAGAUAAGAGCCAAGCAACUGGUCCAGGAAGAGCUGCGCAAAGUCAAGGCUGCCAACAUCUCCUUCGAGAGCAAACUGAAAGAUUCAGACGUGAGGAACAGGGAGUUGGAAGAGCAGCUGGAAAGCAUGAAGAAAGACCUGGAGGAGAGCCGCACACGUUCUGACCGAGGUCUCAAACUUCCAGACUUCCAGGACUCCAUCUUUGCAUACUUCAACACUUCUCCCCUGGCCCAUGACCUUACAUUCAGAGACUCUGUCUCUUCCUCAUCUGCAUCCUCUCUGCUAGCAUUUUGGGAUGAAACUAGCUCAGUCAGUGAGGCUGAUGCCACGCCUCAGAAAACAGACGCUCCCUCUCCCUCACCCUCAGCAGCUUCAGAGCAGGAUGAGCCCGUAAAGCUGCCUGCAACCACUCCAACCACCCCAUCUCCAGCUUACCAGUCAUCAUUGCUCACAGCACCAAAGCCUAAAGCUCACCAGCUGAGCAUUAAGACCUUCUCGAGUCCAACACAAUGUACACACUGCACAUCUCUGAUGGUGGGCCUGAUCAGACAGGGAUAUGCCUGCGAGGUAUGUUCCUUUAUCUGUCACGUGUCCUGUAAGGACAACGCUCCUCAGGUGUGCCCUAUUCCACCAGAGCAGGCCAAGAGGCCACUGGGAAUUGAUGUUCAGAGGGGUAUUGGCACAGCCUACAAAGGCUUUGUUAGGAUCCCGAAGCCUACUGGAGUGAAGAAGGGUUGGCAGAGAGCAUACGCUGUGGUAUGUGACUGUAAACUCUUCCUGUAUGAGGUCCCUGAAGGGAAGUCCACUCAGCCUGGUGUGGUGGCCAGCCAGGUCCUUGACCUCAGAGAUGAAGAGUUCUCUGUAAGCUCUGUGUUGGCAUCAGAUGUGAUUCAUGCUACCCGUAAAGACGUGCCUUGCAUAUUCAGGGUAACGUCGUCCACACUGGGCUCUCCAUCGCGGGUGGUGUCUCUGCUGGUCUUGGCUGAGAGCGAGGCUGAGAAAAGGAAGUGGGUGGGCAUCCUGGAGGGUCUGCAGUGUAUCUUAACCAAGAACCGCCUGAAGAACCAAAUAGUGCAUGUUCUGCACGAGGCUUAUGACAGCAACCUGCCUGCGAUUAAAACCACACUCUCUGCAGCCAUCAUUGACCGAGAGCGAAUAGCAUUGGGCACAGAGGAGGGCCUGUUUGUGGUGGAGGUUACCAGAGAUGUCAUUGUGCGUGCUGCUGACUGCAAGAAAGUCCACCAGAUUGAGAUAGUCCCUCAAGAGAAGAUGGUGGUGCUGCUGUGUGGCCGCAACCGACAUGUGCACCUCCACCCGUGGGGGGCACUGGAUGGUGCCGAGCCAGCGUAUGAUGUGAAACUGGCUGAGACAAAGGGCUGUCAGGCUCUUAGUGUGUGCUCGCUGCGACCGGGUGGCUCCGCCUACAUGAUGGCUGCUGUCAAGCGCCAGGUGUUUUGCUACGAGAUCACGCGAGCCAAGCCUUAUGCACGUCGUCUGUGGGAGGUGCAGGCCCCAGGCGUGGUGCAGUGGCUGGGCAUGGUGCGUGGGCGAGUGUGCGUAGGGUACCCAUCAGGCUUUGCUCUGCUGGCACUGCAGUCUGAGGUGGCUCCUGUGAGCUUAGUGAGCCCCGCUGAUCCUUCGCUUGCCUUCCUUGCUCAGCAACCACUGGAUGCUCUUCAUGCAAUGGAGGUGGGUGCCAAUGAGCUGCUGCUUUGCUUCAGCCAGCUUGGCGUAUAUGUGGACGGCCAAGGCCGCCGUUCACGCACCCAGGAGCUCAUGUGGCCUGCUACACCACUCGCAUGUAGCUCAAACUCCACUUACCUGACUGUGUACAGCGAUUACGGGGUUGAUGUAUUUGAUGUCCACACCACAGAGUGGGUCCAAACCAUUUCAUUAAGGAAGAUCAGACCCCUGAAUGUGGAGGGCAGUCUGAACUUACUGGGCUCAGAGCAGCCCCGCCUCAUCUACUUCAGCAACAAUGCUACAGAAGGGCGUGACCUGACUAUACCGGAGACCUCAGAUAAUAUUAAGAAACUGAUGGUGAGGACACGCAGCAAGAGAAAGUUCCUCUUCAAGGUUCCUGAAGAAGAGCGGCUACAGCAGAGGAGGGAGAUGCUGAGGGACCCAGAAAUGAGGUCCAAGCUGAUCUCCAACCCGACGAAUUUCAACCACGUAGCCCAUAUGGGUCCAGGAGACGGGAUGCAAGUUCUCAUGGACCUGCCUCUGUCGAGCGAGACUCCCUCCCCCUCUUCCUCUCGACACCACGCCCUGAUCUCCCCUCCAACCAACUUUGAGCACGUCUAUCACAUGAGUCCUGCCUCUGCUGGGCUCUAUCUGCAGAAAGAGGUUUCCUCCCAGCAGAGCCUGCCUCAGCUCUCCUCCUCUUCCUCCUCACCUUCCACCUCCUCCCUCGGAAGGAGCGUGAUGCCUUCUUCUCAGGAUGACUUGACCAAGGACAAACCACGUCCUCUUUCUAGUAUUUCAAGGCAAACGAGGAGUAAGACCCACAUCACACGCACUGCCUCAGGGGGUGGUGAAUUCAUAGGAGCGGGGUCAUCUCGCAAUAUCUCGGAUCCUGAUCAGGACUUUGAAAGAGAGCCUGACUCGGACUCCACCAAACACUCCACCCCAUCCAACAGCUCGAACCCGAGCAGCCCUCCGAGCCCCAACUCACCCCACCGCAGUCAGCUUACUCUGGAUGGCUUGGAACACACCCUGGAUGGCUGAGAGCGAAACACAGCUCACAAUCCACACAAACACCUCUUCACUUUAUCAUACUGUUCCUACCAUUCCCUUCCGCUCAGUUAGAACUUGCUACAAAGUGCCAAGACUCAAAAGUGUCAUCAUCUUCAGUCCAUUACUCUCCCUAACGUGAUGGACAACAAAAAUGCUCAUUCCUGCUGGAUGCUGUGCGAGAACAUAUCCCCUGAACAGAGCUGGGAAACUGCGUCACAGUCAGAAAGUCACGGCAUCUCGAUGAAAACCUGAGCUCCUGCUGUGUCUGGUCAGAGGAAGUGUGUCAAAUACUCCCCCUGUUGGAGCGUUUGAAGCAGUAUAGCUAGCAGGGUGUAAUAAUGCUUAUUAUAAUUUUUUUAAUUCUCAGUUUCAUGUCAUGCUCAUGUGAGGGUUUUUUUUUGUUUUGUUUUUUAAGAUCAAAUUAAACUCACAGAAAAUCAGAGGCUCACAUUAAAAAAAAAAUCAUGCUCUGAUGAUGAGAAUUUCUUAAAAAGACUGCUUUUGCAAUUUUUAAAGUGUAUAAAAUUUCAGUGGACGUGUUCACUCAUCACGUGAUGGUGAUCGGAAGAAACUCUUUAUGACUCUGGAGACCACGGAUGAGACAUCCUUUAUUUCAUUUGGCCCAGUAACAAAAAAACAAACAAAAACAAAAUGCCUUUUUGCUGUUUUUUUGAUCACUGACACCUCUCUCUGUAUCUCGUCUGAUUAGUUAUCAGACUGCGGGGAUUUUACGCCAAACCUGUGGGCACUUUUAUGAUGGGUUUUUUUUGUUUGUUUUGUUUUGUUUUGUUUUUUUUCGUUUUUUUUUUUUUUUUGGGGGGGGGGGGGGGGGGGGGUGUUCAACUCUGCAUUUUCAGCCAGCUUUUGUAAUAUUCAUGUUUUAACCUAGAUGUUUGACACGAAAAGAUUUAGCUGGUGGAACACUGCUCAUAAACAAUAAAAAAAAAAAAAAAAAGAAAAAAUAAAGUGAACAGAAACAAGACUUUACAUAUAGAUAAGUGUUUUAACAAAAGAAAUGGCACACAGCUAAAGGACCACAUUAUUCAUAGGAUUUUAAUAGUUGUUCUGAAACUGCUGCUGCUGCUUUUGUGUGCUUUAUAAAGAAAUAAAUAUGUGAUAAGUUUCUCAUCAUAGCCAUGCUCAGUCCCCAGUUUUUACGCUGUUGCAUUAUGGACCAUCUACAAACCAUUGUGUGCGAGCCUCUCGAAGUGAUUAUGUGGGUUUGGGAAUUGGACGAGGACUGACACGAGCUCCAGACAUGACUGGUGUAUCCUUUUUUUUUUUUUUUUUUUCUUUUUUUUUUUUUUCUUUUUUCUCUCUUCCCCCAGUAGUGUGCCUUCAGUUCCCCAACACAUUGUCAACUAAAGCAUUUCAGUCUUUUUUUUUUUUUUUUAAAGUCCGGUUAAUUGUUUUAUUUUGUGUCCUUCCCAUAAAAACACUGUAUAAAACUUGCACACGAAUAUGUUUUAGAGUCCAAGAUUUUUUUGUGUGUGUGUGUUGGUGGUGAUCUCUGUUCCUCCUUCCCCCACCCCUCCACCUGACUUCUAAAAACAGGACUUUAUCCUCAAAACACUACUGCUUUUGCUUCAGAAGGAAAAAAAAUCACAACAUAAAAUCUUUGUAAUUAUUGAAUUGUUAGUCUCAUAAAUCUGAACAAACAAUAAAAGAGUACCUGUGACAC